AUGAGGAGGCGCGGAUGCGCGCAGCUCGCCGUCUGGGCUCUGCUCCUCAGCUUCUCAGGAGCGCAGCGUGUGGACAGAGUAACCCCAAAUUACGGCAGCAUAAAUGGAGCGACGCGGCUCACCAUAGAUGGGCAAGGAUUUGCCCAGCAGAGUCAGUUCAGUCUCAACAUCGACGACCCCGACAUCGGCAACUUUGUGACGUUGGUGUCUAGAACCAGAUCCUUUCCCUGCGAUGUGGAGAGAGAUGCCAGCGUCUCCAACAAGAUAACCUGCUACACCAGAGCGAUGCCUGAGGAUGACUAUGAGGUCCACGUCAAAGUGGAUGGCGUUCCCAUUCCUGCUAGUAGUGUGUGUUGGGGAAUGAAAUGGUAUUACUGGUGCACAUUCUAUACUCGAUGGUACAACACGCCCUCCAUCCACAAAACCACACCUCUAACCGGCCUGCCAGGCACUCUGGUGACACUUCAAGGGAGAAUUAUGACUGAUGUUUACAGCAGCAGCACCGGAGCAAGCCCCAAUGGCAGGAAUGUGCGGUUUGUGAGAGCAUACAUGGGAGGAAUGCCGUGUGUUCUCCUGAAGCCCAACUCAGACGAACUGUACGGCUUGAGGUUAGACUACAUGUACAGUGACUGGGGAUCCAUGAGCUGUAAAAUGACUGGAACGUAUGUGGGACAUCAUAACUUCAGCUACAUUAUAGAUGGUGAAUUUGGCAGGAGCCUGCCAGAUUUUCAGGUCUACAGCGUAUCAGCACUGAACAAGAUCUCAAUGUUCCAAACCUAUGCAGAGGUCACUGGAGUGUCCCCUUCUGAGGGCAGUACGCUUGGAGGCACAUUGCUAACAAUUCAUGGACACUACUUUGAUAAGACAGACCGUCCAGCCGAAGUAUUAGUGGGAGGUCGUAAAUGCGAGGUACAGAGUCUGACGGACGAGACAAUCACCUGCAGGACUCCGGAGUACGACUGGAGCAACAAGACAGUCUUUCCAGGUGGCAGAGGUAUCAAAAUGGAAACGUGGAUCAACACCAAUGUGCGGUAUCUUGAGGAUGUUCUGGCCUAUAACUCCAGUCAGCCUGGUUACUCUGUCCAGUGGGUGGACUCUCUGUCCUACGAGUGGCCCGGUGAAAUUCAAUACCUCGUGGCUCGAUUAAGUGGCUUCUUUGUUCCCACGGAGACCGACAACUACUAUUUCUUAAUCAAAGGAAGUUACCGAUUUCAGCUGUAUUUCAGUACGACUGGUCGACCUCAGGACAAGGUCAAGAUUGCAUAUCUGGAUCAUUGGGGCUACAGUUACAACACCAGUUCUACCCAGAGGUCUAAAGUCAUGCACCUGGAGAAAGGAAAGGCGUACUAUGUUGAAGUCCUGCUCCAGCAGUACACGAUGACAGCCUCGAUUGAUGUGGGAUUUUUUAAAGAAAGAAGCCCCUUCACCGCACAGCAGACUCAAGAAGCUGUUAAUGAGAAGCAGGUCAUACAAGCCAGCUACGACGUUCUGGAUGAGAAACAGGUGCUUCAUUUCGAGGGCUGGAGCCCAGCUAUUCCUGUCCAGGAGUUGCAGUCUGUGACAAUCAGCAGUGACUGCUUUUCAGUGGGCACCUGUGAUAAUACCUACUACACCCUCAGCUAUGGAGCCCAGAGAACAGGGCUAAUCCCCGUCAGUGCACCUGCACAGGCGGUGGAGGCUGAGCUGAAUGCUCUAUGGACCAUUAAACCAGACACAGUCACGGUCACAAAGCAGGAUCUGGACACUCUGACGGAGUACAAUAUCACUUUCAUUUCUAACAGAGGUGACUUUGAUGACCUUCACUACUGGACAAACUUGCCAGGUGUAAACAUCACAGUCAGAGAGCUCAGGAAAGGAAGAGCUGACCUGAACUCCUUUACUCUGCUGUGGGGAGGCAUUCCAUCCAGCCCUCUGCCUUACCAAGCUUCAGAGACUCAGGUUCUGUCUGCACUGGGUGAAAUGGUGUCUGCCAAAUGUCCACAGGAGCUUCUCAGUGUGGAGAAUUCGGAAGUGAAAUAUUUCAGAGACUAUGAGAGUGCUUACAAAGGGUUUGCAGGUGAUCUGAGCAACAGAGGGACGAUAGUCGAAGACAGUGAGCCAUUCUGCGGUCGGUGGUCUUUGAUGAAUCCAACCGUUCUGUUUAGGUGGGAUGAUGUCACCCCAUCUGGAGUCAACUAUGAACCUGUGCCUCUUCAGCAGUAUGGAACACUCUGCUUGGCAUAUAAAGGCUAUCUACAAAAUGGACUGGAAGUGCUGUUUAUCUACCAGACAAGUGCAGGAUAUACCUACUCACAGAACACAGUAAUCUCUCCAGUGUUUGAGUCAGGGGACGUAUGGCAAUACACGUGUGUGGAUCUUUUAGAGGCUCUGCAGACACGCUACGCUGGCAGCAACUACAAACUCCAGGAACUGCGUCUGCACAGGGACACAGGAGAUUACUAUAUAGACACGGUUCAGCUCAGAGCAGCCACCGCGACUGACAUCAAUGGUGCUCUCCAGAGAAGAAGACCGCCUGCGUUGGCCAAUUCUGGUCAUUUCUUUCAGCGGAUCUCCGUGCACAAGCUGAGCAAUGCGUCGCAUGUCAGUUACGAGAUCACAGCCUCGCCAUAUAACUGUGCCUUUGGUGUCCCUCUAAUGGAGGUCGGCUUCCUGCAGAGAGCAGGCCGUUUUACUGAGGACGCGCUGGUGCUGGUCCAGAACAACGCCACUGUCACUGUGACGCGCACGCAGCGAGCCAGCCCUCCUCUCAGUGGCUACUUCAGCGCAGAGAUCUUCGGCCAGCGCGUAGAAGGUCUAGCUGUGGACAUCAGCGCCAAAGACCUGCAGUACGCCUUGCAAGGCAUUCCAGAUCUGGGCCAGCUGAGCGUGACGAGGACAGGAGACUGCAAAGGCUACUCCUGGUAUAUUGAAUGGCUCACCAUGCCAGGCAGCCAGCCCCUACUGCAGAUCAACGACUCCACUGUAGCCGGCGUGAACUCCUCAGUGACCGCACAGGUUAAGGAGCACGGAGGGCUCUUCAAACAAAGCAUUAUGGGAGACUUCCUGCGUGUCCCGACAAAUAAGACACAGGUGCAAGUUCUUAUCAACGGCAUUCCAUCUAAGUGUUCAGGUGACUGUGGCUUCACCUGGAGUGCGGCUAAGACCCCGACUGUGACCGGCAUAUCCCCAUCGCAAGGGGCCAGUGCUCUGGGAACAGUUCUGACCAUCUCAGGAUCUGGAUUUGUUGGUGGAAAUGCCUCAGUGCAGAUUGGAAACGUCCAGUGUUCGGUCCUCCAGGUUACCAGCACAUCGCUGACCUGUAGAGUUGGUCCCGCGAGUGCUGGUCUGUAUCCAGUCUCUGUGAGUUUCCCUGAGGUGGGCUAUGCUCUGCCUCCAGGUGGCAACCCCUUCAACUUCACCUACCAGAUGGGCGUCACCUCCAUAGAGCCAACGGCAGGCAGUGUCACCGGAGGAACGAACAUUGUCAUUUCUGGUUAUGGCUUUGGUUACGACACCGUGGCCACCGUUGGGAGUGCCUCCUGUGAUGUUGUUUACGUGGAUUCAAACCAGCUCAGAUGCAGAGUGCCUGCUGGGUCAGCAGGGGCACAGAACGUAACUCUGAAAAGUGGAGAGAUGGAGGCCACAGCCAAUGACUCAUUCACAUAUGACAACGCCCUGACAGCUGUUAUUACUGAUGUGAGCCCUCAGACAACAACAGUGUUCGGUCUCAGGACUCUCACCAUCCAGGGACAGAACUUCGAGGACCAGACUAACGGCAGCUCCGUCCUGAUUGGCAGUGUGGACUGUGUUGUGCUGACCUGGACCAAUGAAAACAUCACCUGUCUGUUACCCUCACUCCCUCCUGGUGUCUAUCACGUCAGUGUAGGAAUGGGGAACAGGGGCUCUCCCCAAAUCAGUGCUGGUGUGAACGCUACCAUCGCGUACGUCUUGCAGGUGAGCGGCCUCUCCCCUCAGCAGGGCUCUCUGUACGGCGGCACCACGGUGACCAUCACCGGCUCCGGAUUCAGCCCUGAUUUAGCAGACAACACUGUAACACUAGGCGGGACACGCUGUGAAGUGACUGCAGCCUGGGACCAUCAGCUGGUGUGCAGGACCAAGAUGGACGAGCAGACGCACUUCGUAACAAACCAAGGCAUCAACUUCUACUACGGUCAGGGCUACGCAUGGAGCCCAGCCACAGUGAUGGCUUCUGUAGGGGACACAGUGGUGUGGAAGUGGAACGCUCCAGACUUUGUUUCAGGCCUGGGAUACAGGGUCUUCAGCGUGGCCAGUGCCAGCAGCACCGAGUUUGAUGGAGUGGGCUUCAGCAGUGGAAACACCAAAACAGCCACAGGGUUCUUCAGCUAUCGAUUCACAGCUCCUGGCGUGUACUAUUACAGCAGCGGCUACGUAGACGUGGCCAACCAGAGGAGCCUGCAGGGCGUGGUGAACGUUAGGCCUCUGGAAGAGAUCAGCAGUGGGCUACAAGUCACUGUAGCUGGGUUUCAGGCCCUGCGGAGCCUAGAUUCAGCACAUGUGAGCCCAUCACCAUCGGACUGUGUGGCCUCCUCUGAGUGCCCUGGCUCAAACAUCACAUCUGACAGCUUCUCCUUCCGUUUCUCCACCUGUGCCAGCCCCACUGUCGACUCCAUCUCUCCCUUGCAGGGCACAGUGCACGACCCCAUCGUCCUCCGGGGCUCCGGCUUCAGCAACAUCUCCUGUGCCAACGAGGUCACAGUUGGAAAUGCUUCUUGUCGUGUGACCAACAGCACCUCCACUGAGAUCACCUGCCUCCUCAGCUCUGACAGUGGAGCUCCUGUUCUCGUCCCGCUGCCCGUCCGAGUCCGGGUCAACAACUUGGGAGCCGCAAUGCUCACCAUGCCCAGUGAGCUGAGUCGGCGUGUGGUGAUUCUACCCGUGGUGGACUCCAUCUCACCAUCAGCGGGCAGCACAUCUGGCCGCACGCGCCUGGUCAUAUCUGGCUCGGGACUGUCAGGUGGGACGGUCACUGUGGCCGGUGUUCCGUGCAUCAUAGUAUCCAGCAACUACACUCAAGUCUUGUGUGACACGUCUCCGUCUCCCCCCCGGACUGGAUCCAUCACAGUGAGGGUUGGAGCGGUCAGCUCAUCCUGCAGCUCUGACUGUUCUUAUGAAUAUUCCGCAGCUUUGGCUCCGCAGGUGUCUUCUGUUUAUCCCAGCUCCGUUAGCGGAAACCAAACGACUGUCUUUGUAAGUGGCAGCAACUUCGGUAGCAGCCUUGAAAACAUUGCCGUGUUUGCUGAUGACUUCAUCCUGGAUGUCACGAACAUCACAGACAACAACAUCACGGUGUCGGUUGGCGCCCUGCCCGCAGGUCCACAUUCCCUGCAGGUGGUUGUUAGGAACAAAGGACUGGCCAUCGGAAGUGUUACACUGACCAGUGAACCUCUGGCCAGUCUGCAGCCCACGUCAGGCAGCCUUGCGGGAGGAACCCUGCUGAUGAUCACAGGGAAUGGCUUUGUGGCAGGAAACACCAGCGUGAUGGUGGGAGUCUACCCCUGCUCCAUCCUGCAGGUAACUCCCAGCACGGUGCAGUGCUUGACACGUUCCUAUGACGAGCAGGUGGUGCAGGUGAAGAUCCAGGUGUUCGGAGUGAUUUACCCACUGCUGAGCUUCAACUACUCUCACUUACAGACACCACAGGUCACCAGCAUCAGCCCCACAACAGGCCCCAGCGGAACAGCGAUCACCAUCUCAGGCUCUGGUUUUGGCUCAGAAGCCGGCCUCGUUUCAGUGAACAUAGACGGCGUGCCGUGUGCCGUGUCCUCCGUCACAGACACGGAGGUGCGGUGCACUGCUGGUGAACAUGCAGGAGGAACGUAUCCAGUCACAAUGACCCACCAGGCCAAAGGUCUCGCUCAGAGCCAGUCCAUCUUCACCUAUGAGCUGCGACUGACCCAGGUCUCACCUAACGAAGGAAGCUACGCCGGAGGUGCGGUGGUGGCAGUCCAAGGCACUGGGUUUGAUCCAAUCUCCUCGAAAGUUCUAAUCUGCAGUAAAGAGUGCAGCGUCAGGAGAAACGCAUCCAGCUCUACCGCUCUGUACUGUGAGGUUCCGCCUAACAAUGGAACUCAAGCAGAGCAGGCCUGCAUGGUGAUGGUUCUGAAUACUUACGCGUCAGCUAACAUUACGAACGGCUACACAUACAAAUCCAGCCUGACUCCCGUCAUCACGGAUGUGUCGCCACGCAGGGGAGGAACAGCCGGAGGCACCGUGCUCACCAUCACCGGCUCUGGUUUCAGUGGAGGGAAUAUUACAGUGACGAUUGCAGGGUCAGUCUGUGACGUCCGAUCGGUCAACGAAACGAAAGUGAUCUGUGUGACCAACGCCCAGCCCAUGUCCCAGAUGGCCAAGGUCCGAGUGCAGGUUGGAGACAAAGGAAUCGCCCAGAUGGAUCGUGCUGACUUCUUCUACAUCGAUGUGUGGUCGUCCCGCUACACCUGGGGGGGUGAAUCCCCCCCUGAGAAGGGCACAUUCGCAGUCAUCACCAAAGGGCAGACUAUCCUCCUAGAUGUCAGCACACCUGUGCUGAAGAUGCUUCUCAUUCAAGGUGGAAAGUUGAUCUUCGAUGAGGCGGAUAUCGAGCUGCAGGCGGAGAACAUUCUAAUCACAGACGGAGGAGCUCUUCAGAUCGGAACAGAGGACCAACCGUUCCAGCACAAGGCCAUCAUCACGCUGCACGGCCACCUGCGCUCUCCGGAAAUCCCCGUCUACGGGGCCAAAACACUUGGCAUCAGGGAGGGAGUGCUGGACUUGCAUGGUAUUCCGAUCCCUGUCCCGUGGACCCGACUUGCGCAAACAGCCAGAAACGGCUCCAGAGCCAUCACCCUGAUGCAUGCUGUCACCUGGAGGGUCGGAGAUGAAGUUGUCAUUGCCUCCACAGGACACAGGUACAGCCAGAUCGAGAACGAGGUGAGAAUAAUUGCAGCUGUGUCGGCCGAUGGUAGGACCUUGAACCUGACUCAGCCUCUGAAGUACACCCACCUGGGGGAAUCCAUCACCCUGCCUGAUGGGACCGUGUUUGAGGCGAAGGCCGAGGUGGGUGUGCUCACCAGGAAUGUUGUUGUCCGUGGAUCCGUAAACCAGGACUGGAAUGAUCUAAUCCCAGCUUGCCCUGAUGGGUUUAAUACAGGGGAGUUUGCCACCCAGACGUGUUUCCAAGGGAGAUUUGGGGAAGAAGUUGGAAGUGACCAGUUUGGAGGCUGCAUUAUGUUCCAUGCACCUCGACCCAAUGAAAAUCUGGCCGUUGGCAGAAUCGAAUAUGUUGAGAUUUUCAAUGCUGGUCAGGCAUUCCGUCUGGGCCGCUACCCGAUCCACUGGCACUUGAUGGGUGACCUUAAGCUAAAGUCCUACAUUCGUGGCUGCUCCAUCCACCAGACCUACAACCGUGCUGUCACCAUCCACAACACACAUCGCCUGCUAGUGGAGCACAACGUCAUCUACAACAUCAUGGGUGGAGCCUUCUUUAUCGAGGACGGUAUCGAGACGGGCAACGUCCUGCAGUACAACCUGGCCGUGUUUGUUAAGCAGAGCACCAGCCUGCUGAAUGAUGAUUUGACACCGGCCAGCUACUGGGUCACCAACCCCAACAACACCAUCAGACAUAACGCCGCAGCUGGAGGAACCCACUUUGGCUUCUGGUACCGCAUGCUCGACCACCCAGACGGCCCAUCCUAUGACAGUAACAUCUGCCAGAAGAGGGCGCCUCUGGGAGAGUUCUACAACAACACCGCGCACUCGCAGGGCUGGUUCGGCCUGUGGAUCUUCAAGGAGUUCUUCCCCACGCAGCAGGGCACCUGCGGCUCCUACACACCUCAGCCGGCCGUGUUCCGCAAGUUCACCUCCUGGAACAACGAUAAGGGUGCUGAGUGGAUGAACGUGGGAUCUGUGCAGUUUAGCGAGUUCCUCAUGGUGAACAACGAAAGGGCCGGUGUGGAGACCAAGCGCAUCAUCGAGCAGUUCGUGAGCGGCUGGGGGCUGAACGGAGGCGCAGCGCUGGUCAACAGCACCUUGGUGGGACACGUGGAUGAGCUGGGCUUGGGCAGCAGCUUUUGCACCACCCGGGGGCUCAUCCUGCCACUGGAUGAUGGCAUGAGCAUCCUCAACACCAGGUUCAUCAACUUUGACCGGCCUUCAUGUGCUGCCAUUAGCAUGGCCUCAAUAACUGGAACAUGCAGUUCUUCCUGUGGAGGCUGGAGCGCCAAAUUCAGCGGAAUCCAGUUUUACCAGACGCCCAACAAGGCCGUCUUCAGAUGGGAACAUGAGGUGGUUUUCAUAGAUACUGAUGGAUCUCUAACAGGUAACCCUGGAAACAAAGUGCUGCCAAAGAGCAACCUUUUGGACCCUGCCCACUGCUCUUACAAUGCUUCUUGGAGCAUGGGCUUCCCGGGGUCAGUGUGUGAUAACACCACAAGCUUCCACCGUCUGGUCUUCAACAACCCCUCCUACAUGCUCUUUUUCAGGGAUGCCAUACUCACCAACGCAUACGGUAGUACUAUUGUUCCUUUUACAUGGCAACUGAUUACCCCUGGGUAUGGUUGGAUGGCGCUGCUACCAUCUGCCCAAACCUACAAGUGGUACUUCCGUGACAUCUCCCAAAUUACCGAGAUCUCAUACAGUGCAACGUUCUACGGCUUCAGGCCUCAGGAUUAUGUGAUUGUGAAUCACAACCUGACCAAGAGUCCUGACUACGUCCGCAUAGUGGACAACAGGAACAGCUCCUCCGACCCACUUAACGCCACUGUGAACGUGAAUGGAGAUUGGUACUUUAACAAAUCCUCCAACGAUCUCUUCUACAUGGUGUCUGGCCAAACAAGGAGCGCUAGUAGGGGGAAGCGCAGUGUUGACAGAUCGACGACAGACAUAUACGUGUGGUUCAGUGUGUAUAACUGCUUCUACCCCAACUGCAUUGAGCCCAAGCCGUCUCCAUCAGGCACCCUGCCGCCGGGCACCCUGUGGCCAGGCACCCUGCAACUUGUACCCAGCAGCAGACCUAUGGGCUUCAUUUAUUGGUCCAAUGAGUCAUUUUGGAAUUCGUCCUCUGAAAACAACUUCACUGUGCCACAAGAGGGCGCCAAUGUUGUCAUUCCUGCAGGUAUAUGGAUGAUUCUGGACAUUGCAAUCCCUUCCUUAAACAAGCUCGCAGUGUUGGGAGUCCUGGAGAUUCCAGACACCAUGAACAGCACGUCCAGCAGUCUCCCCGAGUACAGGAGCGUUGUCCUGAAUGCCACUUACAUCUCCAUCCAGGGAGGACGACUGAUUGCAGGAUCAAGCGACCAGCCCUUCAGAGGUGACCUGCAGAUCAUUCUUAGGGGAAACCGCUACACGCCUGAAUGGCCUCUGUCUAACGGACAAAACCAAGGAUCUAAAGUGCUAGGCGUCUUUGGUACUCUUGACCUGUAUGGAUUGCCACAUAAUGUGUAUCGUACUAAACUGGCCAGCACUGCCCAGGCAGGUUCCAACACCAUCUCACUGCAGGAGCCUGUGGAUUGGCAGGCUGGAGAUGAAAUAGUGCUGUCCACCAGCAGCUAUGAUCCAGGUCAGACAGAGACCCGCACCAUUACAGCAGUCACGAACAACAACCUCACACUGACCCUGGAUCAGCCGCUCACCUACACACACAUCAGUGAGAGCUACACGGUGGAUGGUACGUCGCAGAGCUACAGGCUGGCCAGUGAUGUGGGUCUGCUGAGCAGGAACAUUAAGAUCAUUGGGCAGGAUUACCCAAACCUGUUCACAGAGUCGUUUGGAGCCAGGGUGCUGGUGGGAGCUUUCUCCAGAGGAGGAAUCAGCUACAGAGGAAAGGCCCGAAUAAGAGAUGUGGAGUUUUACCACACUGGCCAGGAGGGAUGGACAAACAACCCUGAUCCUCGCUACUCUUUGGCUUUCCUUAACCUAGGAGUGGUGUCUCAGAAUGAAUCUUACAUUAAAGGCUGUGCUAUCCACCAUGGCUUUGCUCCUGCUAUCGGAAUCUUCGGAACAGACGGACUGAGUGUCGACGACAACGUCAUCCAUCACGCUGUAGGAGAAGGAAUCAAGGUGUGGGGCAAUAACAACGUGAUCCGGGGGAAUUUGGUUACUAUGACACUCUGGCGAUCAAGAGCAGAGGCCUACGGCUUCAGCUGGAAUGCUGCUAUUGAGGCAAGUCAGGGAACUAACGUAGUUCUUCAGGGGAACAUUGUCGCUGGUUAUGAAAGAGUUGGAUUCCGAAUUGAUGGAGAGCCAUGUCCAGGUUAUUUCAGUGCUGUGGCUCAGUGGCAGCAGAAUGAGGCGCACGGGGGUCUGUAUGGGGUCUACAUGAAUGGGGAUGGGCUGCCUGGCUGUUCUCAGAUCCAGGACUUCACAGUUUGGAGAAGCUAUGAUUUUGGCAUUUACUUCCAGGUGUCCAUGAGCGUGAUUGUGUCUAACGUGACCCUUGUUGAUAACGGCAUGGGCAUCAUGUCCUUAAUCUACGGACCCCCCUCCCUCAGCCAUGUGUACUCCAACAAAACUGUGCUAGUGCAGAAUGCCUUAAUUGUUGGCAGCAGCCCCAACUUCAACUGCAGUGACAGUAUGCCUAUGGACACCAACAUGUUCCAGGGGGCGAGCAGUAGAGCCCCUCGGCCUCUUAAUGGCGGCAAGUCUGGAAUCUCCUGGCCAACAUUUGAGUCCAGUCACAAUGGAGCUCCAGUAAAUGCCCACAAUGGACUCACGAGCUACAACGCCAUCAGUGGACUCCUGAGUGUGACUGAUACCACUUUCGCUGGGUUCAGGAACGUGUGCUUGAGCCAAACUGAUUACAUGUUCAUGACCAAUCCGGGCAAUGAUGACCUGCAGCACCCUAUCUAUGUUAAGAGGAUCACCAAGAUUGACAGCACAGAGGAAGCUCAAGUGUUCAUUUAUCGACCAGAUCUGAGCAAGGUGAACCCAUCCGACUGUGUAGAUAUGGACUGUGAUGGUAAGAAAAAGGCCAUGUUGAAUGACCUGGACGGUAGUUUCCUCGGGGCAGUGGGGGCGGUGAUCCCCCAGUCUGAGUAUGAGUGGAACGGGAACCCCCGACGCGGGCUGGGAGAUUACCGGAUCCCCAAAGUCAUGCUCACCUACCUCAACGGCAGCCGUAUUCCUGUGAACCAAAUAGCACCAAACAAAGGUAUAAUCCGGAGCUCUAGCUGCACGUAUAUGAGCACCUGGCAGGCCUACAAGUGCUUAGGGCUGACCUACAGGAUGCUGGUGAUUGAGAGUCUGGACUCGGACACUGAAAAACGACGUCUGUCUCCUGUGGCUAUGCUGGGAGACAGCUACGUGGACCUGCUGAACGGCCCACAAGACCACGGCUGGUGCUUCGGCUACUCGUGUCACAAGAGAGUGUCUCUCUUCCACAGCAUCAUAGCCACAAACAGAUCCUUUGACAUCUUUUUCACCAGCACAACCCCACAGAAACUGAGACUCAUGAUGCUCAAUGCCAGUCCUACUGAGACUGUUCGAGUUGCUGUGUUUUACUCAAACCCUCAGCGUCUGGACGUCUAUGUGAACAACCGCCUGGUCGCACCAACCAACGCAGACUGGAAUAAGGACAAAACGGACUACACCCUGCUGAAGCCUAACCAAACCGGGCAGUACUUGCCGAGUCUGAGCUCCACUCUGGGCUCCAACUUCUUCGAUCCUGAUUACAAAAUGAUGCACGUUCUGCUGCGAGGCUCCGACCCCAUUGAGAUCCGCACGUCUCCGGUUCUCUUCGUCGCCUUCAACCUCCCGUUCAUGACGGAGGCGGAGUUCUUCGGGGACAAGCUGGUCACCAACCUGGCUGCCUUCCUGAAGGUUCCCCCCAACAUGAUCCGCAUCACCAACAUCAUCCGGGAGGGCUCAGCGCGGCAGAGGCGCUCCACUGGGCUGACCGUUCAGGUGGAGAUCAAGCAGCCUCCAGUGAACGAGACGUCCAGCAACAGCACCAGUGACGAGCAGUUUGCAGUGCUGAAGAACAUCGCUGACAAUCUGGGUCAGGCUGCGGUCUCCGGCAAUCUGAGCCAGUCCAUCGGUUUCAACGUGUCGUCAGUGGGUGUCAUCCCCCCAUCUCCUCCACCCAGUGACCCGUCCUGGAGCCAGGUGGCCAGUCAGGAAGUGACGCGGCAGGAUCCACCGGUGCAGACGGUGAAGAGCGUGUCGUCCCUGGUUGUGGUGCAGCAGCCGGUAGCAGGGAUUCAGCCUGGACUUCUUAGUGUACAGCCAUGCAUCAUGGCAGUGGACAAGGAGGGGGCCUGCGUAUCAGUGGGGGUGACGACUCUCACAAUUACGGCCGUGCUCAAAGACGCCAAUGUGAACCCAGUAGAUGGCCUGUAUGGAAACACCACCAUCCCCUUCUCAAACUGCUGGGCCAAUUACACCGACCUGGCCAUCUCUAUCCCUGGGAAGAACCUGAACCUGGCUUUCACUCUGAAUAACUGGAGCGCUCAAUCCAGGUCUUUCACUGUCCUGGCUGUGCCAUCUGUAGCAGGAACUCAGAGCUCAGCGGGGGCCACCAAUGCUAACAACCCCGACAUCUUUAACUCCAGUCCUCACUACACAAUCGGGACCGUGUACACGCUGAUCCUACUGAGUGCCCUGCACCUACUGUACUGUGCGGUGUAGAACAGGUGGAGCAAAAACGCACAGCUUGCUCAGCCUGAAUAGUUAGGCUCCACAGAAUCAAAGAGCCUUAACCCUUUGAAGCGUAUCAUUCAGCUCAGUUAUGAAUCAGUUAUUCAGUUAGGAGUAAUAAUAAAACCUAUUACUCAGUAACUGCUAUGAUACGGAUAGGUACGUUAUGUGGUUAUGAGAGUUUAAUUAAGUUUUAAUAUAUUAUAUUUAUCAUUCUCUAAUUAAACUGAAGUUUCUUUUAAAAAAAUCUUUGUUUCUAAACAAUGCUAAAUAACUGUAGUCCGUUCUUUGUAAGUUUUGAAUUACCUCUUCGCAGGAUAUGAUGAGAAUGUUCAACUACAGCGCUGUCCAGAAUUAUUGGCACCCUUGGGAAAGAAUGAGGGAGAAAUGAAAAAUGCCUCUGUUGUUUAAAAGCUUUCAUAAUCACGACGCAGUUACUGGUGGCUAUUAGCAGGCAGUACUUUCCGCACCCUGGAAGUACAGACAAAUAUAGAUAAGACAUGCAAACGUUUGUAGACACCUACACAUCCAGCAUUUCUUCUGAAAUGAAGGGUAUUAAUAGUGAGUUUGUUCUCAUUUGCUGCUGUCACUCUAUUCUACUCUACUCUUCUGUGGCGGCUUUACACUGGAUGUUGGAUUUGACUGCAUUCACGUACAAGAGCAUUACUGAUGUUAGAUCACUCCAACUCAUCCCAGAGGUACUGGGAUGGAGCUCCAUCACUCCAGAGAAUCCAUUCCCCUGUUCCACAGCCCAGGAUCUGAGACCAGCUCUCCAUGCAAACUCUUUCUAGAUCUUUCUAGAUUUUUGGACGUAUGCUUUGAUUCAUUGCUCUACUGGGUGACCUCUUCUUAACCUCCUAGCUAAGGCAGCCAGAUCUAAAAAUACAACGUGAGACUCCUUCCUGCAAAAUCUUUAAUCUUUUACAUUAAAUCCACUUCUGUUAAUUGUUCCCAAAAAGCUCUAGUUUUGUCUCAUUCCACAUUAGAACCCAUUUCCAAGUAAACUUCCAGUGAUGUUGAGCAAACUCUGCGUGCUUGUGUUUGUAGCUUGACUACACUAGAGGCUUGUUAUGUCUAAGGAGGCUAUUUAGAUGGUUUAUUGUCAUGGAUACGCUGUCAUGGAUACGGUUUCUGAUUGAUGAUUAGAGAAAGGUUUGUCUUCCAAGAACAUUCUUCUCCGUCUGCAUGAGAGCAUGUACUGUUUGAACAUCUUACUAUUGCCCUAAUAGUGGUAUUUUCAAGUGUGAGGUUAUUUUUAAUAGCCACCGCCUAAUUUACGAAGGCCUAUAAUCUUCAUCUUAAUCUUAAUCUUUUUCUAUGCUGAUGCAUCUGUAAGGAUCUUUGAACUGCAUGUCACCGCAUAUAUAUACCACAGUGAAACAGGCUGUCUUGGUGUAAAAUUUACGCAAAUAUAUAAAAUCAGAACGGAAAAAUCAGCCAAUAAUACUUUGUCACUAGCAAUUAAAAGGGUUUUUAAUCUAGAUUAGACUCCUUUCAUGAUUUCAUCUUAAGAUCAACCCGAUAAACAUAGACAUCAUAACCUCCUGUUUUUCUCAUCUUCAUUAAGGGUGCCAAGCAUUCUGGAGUUACUAUAUAACUAUAUAAUAUAUAAUACCAUAUAAUUUGACAAAGUUUACCACAGUAUAUCUGCGUUCUACAUAUCCUGCAUGUAAUCAAUGCAAAUAUUUCACACUUUACCAUAAAUUUCACUUUA